AUGGGGGCAUUUGUCUUCUGUUCAGAUGAAGGACGUGCGCUCUGUCGGAAAUUACUCCAAGAGACCAUGCCAUUUGACACUCAUGACUACCAGCUCGAAGUCAUAACACACAUGCUGGAUGGCGAUGAUGUCCUAUGCACAAUGGCUACAGGAUCCGGGAAGACAGAUGCCUUUAUUCGACUCAUGCACGUCAUUAUAGCGCUGUCCAAAAACCCGUCACUCGCACCUGGCAAAAACUUUCCCCCUGAUCCUGCAAUGCUUGCAAUAUGCCCGACAAAAGCACUUGAAUAUGACUUGGUACAUUUCUGCACAGCGAUUCAUUCUAAACUCACGAACACCGUCAUUAACCAAGACACUGUCGCUGCAGCGCGCAAAGCAAGCAACGAUAAUUCCAGCCUAUUCAAAAAGGUCUGUGAAGGGACUGCGAUUAUUCUGCUGUCUCCAGAGCAGCUCGAAUCAUCGGGUUUCUGUUCUGUUGUGGAUAACAAGGCAUUUGCAGCACACUUAUGUGUCAUGGUUGUUGACGAGGCUCACCUUAUUGACCUCUGGGGUUUAUCUAUCCGGCCAUCAUACAAAAAGAUAGGCUGGAUGUGCUCUCGUGCAGGACGUCAUGUUCCAGUGCUUGCUGUAACUGCCACGCUGCAAAAAAAAUCAGAGGCAGAGGUCCUUGGAUUCUUGGGCUUUCGUAGGGGACAUGACCAUGUCGUACGGCGGUCAAAUUUGAGGAGUGAUGUACGCAUUAUCUUCCGCAUAGCCAAGUCGGGCAUCAGUGGAACUAGUUUUCCAGAGCUCCGGUGGAUCCUCGAUUGCACCAAUAACUCUCUCAUCUUUGUACCUACUGUCCAUAUGGCAUUCCAUGUGCACGCCUACCUGCUUGAACAGGCUGCAGAGACACCAGGCAGGCACGAGUGUAUCUGUCUGUACAACUCAGCCAACUUCACCAACCAUAACAACAAAACAUUGGAUGACUUACGUGACGACUCAUCCACAACCCCCCGCAUCAUUGUUUCGACUGCAGCCCUAACCAACAGAGUCGACCCUCCAAAUAUCGGAUGUGUCGUUGUCUUCCCUCAACCUGCUACAAGUGACGAGUUGCUUCAGAACUUUGGGCAGGCCAAUCAAAAACGAAACCUCGCAGAUGCACAAGGCAUUGUUUAUGUGUCGAAGGAUGUUGUUCAGACAGCAAAACAAAUAGUCAGCCAAGGCAACACCACUGAAACAACAAAAGAGACCAUGCAGAUCUCAAUGGCCCGGCUCAUUCUCUCACAAUGCAAGGUCAACAAGAUUGAUGCCCUGUACAACAACCCACCAUUUGACAUGUCCUGCACCUGCGCUACGUGCCUGACUACUCCCCCACCGCCAUCACGUGCCCAGGAUUGUAAUUGCAGUGGGUGUCAGCCAGAGGAGAGUGAGGAGACGGUUGCACCCGCUGACAUGGUGUUACCAGAUAACGGCUGUGACUUCGUUCCUUCAAUUAUCGGUAUCAUUGUCUAG